CAUACACAGAAACUCUUGUUAUUCUUGAAGCCUUGUCACUUGACAAAGCAAUUGCUGUCUCCUAACACAAGGAGGAAUUUGCAAAAUUCUUGCAAAGAUGAAUGAUUUAAUGACAAAAUCGUUCUUAAAUUAUGUGGAACUGAAGAAACAGGCUCAGAUGGACUUUGAAGCAGAAGUUGACAUUGAAAGAGGCCAACUCAACCCCGAAGAUGAAGAAAACCUCUCUCAGUUUUCCCGAGAAGUCGAUGCAAUAAAGGAUGUAAUGGAAGAGAUUACCAAUCUCUUGUACGAUCUUCAGAAUCUUAAUGAAGGAACUAAGUCUACUCACAGCGCCAAAGUUCUUCGUGGCGUAAGAGACAGAAUGGAAGCAGAUACUGUCUCUGUGCUUCGUAAAGCCAAGAUUGUCAAAUCAAGGCUGGAAUCACUGGAUAAAUCCAAUAUAAGCAACCGCAGAAUUUCACAUGCCUUUAAAGAAGGGAGUUCUGUUGAUCGCACAAGGAUAUCUGUCACCAAUGGUUUGAGAGUCAAGCUUAGAGAUUUGAUGAAUGAUUUCCAGUCUUUGAGAGAGAAGAUUUUGUCAGAUUAUAAGGAAGAUCUUAAGAGAAGGUACUAUAAUGCAACUGGAGAGGAACCAAGUGAGGAAGUAAUUGAAAAAGUUGUCUCUGGAGGCGGAAAAGUUGAAAUAUUUGUGGACAAAACAGAUGGUACGGAUUUGAGGAAUCAAGAUAGGCAUGAGGCUGUUAUGGAUAUACAAAAAAGUUUGACUAAGCUGCACCAGGUGUUUCUUGACAUGGCCGUUCUUGUUGAGACACAAGGGGAGACUAUUGAUGACAUUGAAGAGAAUGUGGUGAAUGCAGGUAAUUUUCUCAGUGGUGGUACUAACAGUCUUUACUAUGCCAAUCAGAUGAGGAAGAAGAAGAAGACAUGGGUGUUCUGGGUUUGGGCUGUGGGGUUGAUUAUUAUGUUGGUUUGCUUUAUUUCAUUGUUGGCUUCUUGA